ACAAAAUAUUUACGAAACCAAAACAAUUUGAAAUCAUCAAACAUACCUCUAAAUCUUACUAAAAAGUAAUAUUUUGUUUUUUAAUGGAGCAAACGAUCAUGCCAACAGAUAUCGAGAAUAUUUGUCGAAUAUGUUUUGAGAAAGUCAAAGAAGUAAUUGACUUGUUUUGUGAACAAGAAAGCUCUAAAGAAAUUUUAGAAAAAUUAUACCUCUGUUUUCGUAUUAUUUUUAAAUACGAAGAACAUAUACCAAAUUCUAUUUGUAAAAACUGUUUAUAUGAAUUAAAUGCAGCUUAUAAUUUUAGAUUAAAAUGUAUCACAUAUGAAGAGAGAUAUAAAAUAUAUUUAACAAAGUUAAAACAAAAUAAAGAAAUAUCUAUAAAAACUUUAAAUAGAAAUUCAGAAAUAGAUUUCGAGUUAAUUGAAGACACUGAUACCCACGGGGCUGAUGUGUCUGAUAAUGAUGGUUCAGGCGACUGUGGUUCAGCAGACAAAGGUACUAUUACAUGUUUCAAGUGUGAAACUUGUCAUAAAGUUCUCAAAACAAAGUCCUCCUUGACAAAGCAUAACAUAUCUAUGCAUCAAAAGAGAAAGCGAAUAGGUAAAGUUACAGGGUUUGGAACUGCACGCCGCUACCACUGCACAUUUUGUUCAUACUCAACUCCUCACAGCCAAACUUUAGUGAAUCACAUGAGAAGACAUGAUGGAGAGAGACCGUACCAUUGUGAAUGUGGAAAAAGUUUCACACAGUCGUCAAGUCUCGCAGCACAUCAAAAAACACAUAGUGACACCACAUAUUACACAUGUGCCAUUUGUGGAAAACAAUUUAAGCAUGCCUACUCACUUAAAAAUCACUCCCGUGUGCAUGAAAGUGGUAAUUUGGAGUGCAAGAUCUGUCAGAAAGUUCUUAAGUCAAAGCAAUCAAUGAGAGACCACAUACAUCGACAUUAUAAUAUUCGCAACUACAACUGUGAGGAUUGUGGAGGUACAUUUGUAACAUCAUCAGAGUUACUAAAUCACAGGAGGACACACAAUUUGGAAAAGAAAAUAGAAUGUCAUUUAUGUGGAUAUAAGACACAUACAAAGAAAAAUCUGAUAAUUCAUCUUAAAAGACAUGUAGGUGACAAGUCAUUUAAAUGUGAGCUUUGCGAAGUUAAUUUUUAUACUAAAGGAGACUUACGACGCCAUCAAAGAGUUCAUACCCGAGAAAAGCCUUUUUCAUGUCCAUCUUGCGCACAGAGAUUUACACAUAGUCCAAGCCUCAAUAAACAUAUGCACACCGUACAUGGCAUUCAAUAUAAGUGGAGCGAGUUCAAAUGGAAAGAAAAUAAAAAAAAUAAACUUGAUUCAAGAGUGGAAAAUUCGUAACAAAUGUUUAAUAAAUAAAACUUGCGUUUUUUUUAUUAUACUAUCCUAAUAGACUUGAACGAGAAGAAAGUCAUAGAUCUGUUUUAUAGAAUUUAACAUGUGAGUGUGCAGUGUGCACAUAAACAGAAGUAUGAACAACCUGUUUAUAGACUGAGGCAGACAGAUGCAGUGAACCCUAGAGUUGCGUGACCUAGAUGAAGUACAGGAAUUUCUGUAAUUGGGAGCACUGUCGUAAAAAACUAGGGUGUAGGUAUUUUUGGUAGGAUGACUCGGUUCACAAAUGCCGGUGAUUGCUAAAGAUGUAAUAAGAACAUCACAGAUGAUUAAAGCAGCACUAUUAGCACCUAGAGAAGUUGUGGAAGAAUGAAGUGUGAUUUCCGCAUCUACUACCUUUAUAAAAUCAUCUGACCCAGCCCAUUUGGAUAAAUGUAUUAUGUAUUCCAUGUAGACGGGAGAAGUGGCAGAGGUAGGGCACAUGCAUGAUGCGAUUCUAGACAUUAAGCUAAAUAUACAGUCAGCUAUCCAUUUGGCACAAAAUAGAAAUGACUAGUGAUUAUUUUAUUAGUACGUAGGAGUAAUACAUAACCCCCAGCCUUGCGGAA